GGCACCCCAACUGUAUUACCAGCACAAAACUUUGAUCCAGUCAAGGAUGCUCAUGAUUUACGCAAGGCAAUGAAAGGUUUUGGCACCGAUGAAGAUGCCUUGAUAAACAUAAUUUGUCGUCGUUCCAACGAGCAGCGUCAGGAGAUUCAACGUCAAUACAAAACACACUUUGGCAAGGAUCUCAUCGAAGAUGUUAAAUCUGAAACCAGUGGAAAUUUCGAAAAAUUGCUUGUCGGACUCCUACGUCCAAUUGUUGACUUUUAUUGCGCCGAAAUGAACGAUGCGAUGGCAGGAAUCGGCACAGAUGAGGAAGUGCUCAUCGAAAUACUAUGCACAUUGUCGAAUGUAGAAAUACACACUAUUAAGAAUCAGUACUUGCGCUUGUAUGGCGCCCACUUGGAAUCCGAAUUGAAAUCGGAGACUUCUGGCAACUUUAAGCGUCUCUUAGUCUCACUAUGCGCAGCAGCACGGGAUGAGAGCGGCCAAAUAGAUCCAGUUGCAGCGCAGGCCGAUGCACGUGAGCUGCUCAAGGCAGGCGAAUUGCGUGUAGGCACCGACGAAAGCAUGUUCAAUAUGAUAUUGUGCCAACGUAACUAUCAACAGCUGAAACUA